CAGGCACGCUGCGGUUAGCUAAGCAGAGGCGGCGGGAAGGCCGCGUCGCGGCGGAAGGGGGCUUGGCACCGCGUCGCGCGGCGCUGCCCGGCGGCUCGGCCCGGGAUGUCCGGGACUGCGGCGGGGCGACAGCUGGCGCCGGCGGAGGCGACAGAUUGGUUGGCCUGUUCGUUUGAUGAUUUCUUUGGAAGUGCAGAUAUUUCUUCUACCGUGAUUCCUGAAAAGUCACACAAAGGCAACUCUGGGAGAAAUCAUCAGCAGAAGAAAGACCUGUCUGCUGUGCCGGGCUGCAGCAAAAACAAAGUCCUGUCAAGAAAAAGAGCAAAGUUGUCCUCAGUAGAUCUGCCUUGUAACAAGUCCAGAAUAAACUGGAACCAGUCUCAAGAUGAGCCAUGGGUAGAUAAAUACAAACCUGAAACUCAGAAUGACCUUGCUGUCCAAAAGAAGAAAAUUGAAGAAGUUGAAACAUGGUUAAAAAUACAUAUAUUUCGGAGACAGCCAAAGCAGGGUGGCUGUGUUUUGCUGUUAACUGGUCCUGCUGGCUGUGGAAAGACAGCAACUAUACAAAUAUUAGCAAAAGAUCUUGGUGUGCAAGUGCAAGAAUGGACCAAUCCAGUAUCUUUAGACUUCACAAAAGAAGACUUAUUAAAUAUAUCUGGCCAUAACUCAAAUUCUCAUGCGUUUUCAAGUCAGGCCCAGUCAGCUCUCUUUCAGGAUUUUCUGUUAAGAGCAAAUAAAUAUAACAAACUUCAGAUGCUUGGGGAGUCCUCAGAAAAUGAUAAAAAGCUUAUUCUUGUUGAAGACAUGCCAAACCAAUUCUAUCGAGACCCUAGCAGUCUACAUGAAAUUCUCAGGAGAUUUGUACGUACAAGUAGAUGUCCUCUUAUAUUUAUAAUAUCAGAUAACUUCAGUGGAGACAGCAACCAGAGGUUACUAUUCCCCAAAGAAAUUCUAGAGGAGUUGUGUAUAUCAGUUAUUAGUUUCAAGCCCGUUGCACCAACAAACAUGAUGAAAGUUCUUAAUCGAAUAGCUACGGCAGAAGCUAACAUGAACAGAGAGAAGAACUAUGCUCCUGAUAGAACUUCGCUGGAGUUGCUUUGCAAGGGCUGUUCAGGUGACAUAAGAAGCGCAAUAAACAGCCUCCAGUUUUUUUCCAUGAAAGAUUGGUCAUUGGAGAAAGAUUUCUGGUCAAGGAAGAAACGGAGUUCCACGCUAAAAAAUGAAACAGCAGCAGUGUAUAACUUGAGGAAGAAAAGUAAAUCCGAUAUUUUAGAAGACCAGGCAAUACAAGCUAUUGGUGGCAAAGAUGCUUCCAUCUUUCUUUUUCAUGCUCUAGGGAAAAUAAUUUACUGCAAAAGAGAACCGUUGUCAGAAUCUGAAUUUCCUCAGCUGCCUUCUCACUUAAUAGAACACCGUCGAGACACGUUGCUUAUCCACCCUGAGGAUAUUGUGGAAAAAUCACAUAUGUCUGGAAGCAUGUUCAAUUUGUACCUUCACCAGAACUAUGUAGAAUUUUUUACUGACAUAGAUGAUGUUGUGAGAGCCAGUGAGUACCUGAGUACUGCUGAUGUCCUUUGUGCUAAUUGGAAUUCACGGCUUGUGAUGGAAGAGUACAGUACAUCUGUAUCUACUCGAGGUGUGAUACAUUCAAAUUCAUCCAGAGCCUUUGCCCACUGCCAAGGAGGGAUGGGGUUCCGGCCCUUACAUAAACCUCAGUGGUUCUUUAUCAAUAGCAAGUAUCAAGAAAACUGUGCUGCUGCAAAAUCUCUCUUUUCAAGCUUUUGUUUAUCACCAGAGUGUCUUCAGACAGAGUUACUGCCUUACCUUGCAAAGUUAGCAAAUCCAAUGAGAAACGAAGCUCAGAUUGCUUUUAUCCAAGAUGUUGGGAGGCUGCCAUUGAAAAGACAUUUUGGGAGGUUAAAGCUUGAAACGCUUACUGAUAAAGAUCCUGGAGUUCCAGACUUAUUUGUUGGUUGUGAGGAGGACCCUGCUGAGGUGGCUGUACAGAUGGAGGAAAAUAGAACAAAUGAGAACGAUUGGGAUGGACUGCCCCUGUCAUCCAGCCAGCGCAGUGGAAGUGAACUGCCUUGCAGUCAGCCUCAGCCUGUUGCUGCUCUAGUAGCUAUGGAGGAAGAUGAAUUAAAUAUAGAGGAAUAUGACAGUGACUAAGUCCAACAAAGCAUCAGCCACUGACUUAGCUGAUAGAUUAUUAUGUGCCAAAGGGCUUUGCUAAAAUGAGUAUGGUCUGCUGAACGGAGUGCAGGUGGGCUGGGAGGCCCAGUCUAAACAUAACAGUGUCAGUAUCAAGACACUUUUCUUUAUCUUCCUCAUAGCUUUGCAGGAUCAGACCUGAUCAGAAUACUAAAUCACAGGCUAUUCCCUGCCUGUUCUGAGCCAUAAAAGUAUACUGAGACGAAGGGAGAACAAUAAAUGAUAAAUUUAAAUAGUUUGAGGCUGUAGCUAAUCAGUGCCAUUCUUAAGUUAUUGUUUUUUUUGUUUUUUUGUUUUUUUUUUUACACAUCUUCAUUUACUUCGGAGUUUUACAAUGUGUUCCUAUUUACACAUUUGGUAAGUUACCAGCAUUUGAAGAUUUUUCUAAAGUGUAUGUCUUCAGAAAAAUUUCUGUUUGGAAGCUUGAACCUUCUGAAAGAGGAGAUUUAAGGGGAUAUGUAAAAACUUUGAUAUCUUGUAUUGAUGAUGUAAAUAAAACUACUGUAUGAAUGCUGUUCUGUAAUCUGCUAGAGAUAUUUUAACGUUUAUAAAUAGAACAUGUGCUGUACAACAGUUUAGUUUGGAUUUGUUUUUGAAUUUUUUUGAUAAUUUAUUGAGGUGCAAAUACAACAGUUAAGCAGAAGUUCUUGUCCUAUUUUUAUUUGGUAGGAAGUCAAUGGUGUCAUGUAGUUUUCCUCUUUAAAUUAGCUAGGCUGGAACAAAGAAUAAUUUCAUGUUUGGCUACUGACACUCAGUGUUUUGUCUUUAUCAGAAUAGACUGUUAAAUACUUCUUGUUGUUUGGGUCCCUGUGUGAAAUCAUAAAUCCCUUACAUACAUCAUAUCUCACAUCAUUGUAAUUAGUGUUACUGCAUAAAUAAGAAAGCAAGGAUCAAAACAACUUAUUUUGAAUGUGUGAUAUGUUUGCAUUCUGUAUUGCUAGCAUACAAAUUUAAAAAAAAAAUACACUAAUCCAACAUAAAUUUAGAAUUGCUGCCAAUUUUGAAUGCUCUUGCUUUGUCCCCUAUGAAAGAUCAGGCGUUGUCUUUAUGACAAGUGUUUAAUUUUGAAGAGGGGGAAUUUACAUCUUCAAUUUACUACAGCUCUACUUAUUCCAUUCCUUAUAUGGGAUGCGUGGGAUGGGGUGGUCCCUGUUUAGUUUAGGUGAAGACUCAGUUUAUCCAGGCCUCCUGCAGGUUUGUGUCACUAAAAUGCCAUCUGGACCCUCCUGAGCUCAUAGAGGGAGUCUAGUACUGAAGGAUGGUAAUUUGUGCUAUACUCAUUUUCACUCUAAUCAAAACUCUGAGCUACUUCGCGUUUUUGAGCUUUCUUGAUAAUAGUAUGAAGUAAUAAUAGUAACAAGAAAGUUCUUUAACAUCAACUUCUGGUUAUUACUGUUGGCCUUGGCCUUACUAAAGCACUCAACACUUGGUUAAUGAUAAACUUCAGCAAUAGAGACAUAUUACUGUCGUCUAGGGGAUUCAAAAUCACAACCAUAAAACCUUUUUUAUGUGGAGGUGCCACCAAAACUCCCACAAUUUAUAUUGCAAUAAUAUAAAUACAUAUAAAUUCUCUGAUGCCGGAAUUGCAAUGGAGUUCAAAAUGUGUGAGUGGGAUGAAUGCCUCAAACUAUGCAAGUUCUAGAUGUGUUGCAGGGACAUUCAGCUUCAGUUGCAAGCAGGUACAAGACUGAGUUGCUGCUACAGCCCACUCUCCAACCUCUGGAAGGAAAAAAACAGCCUUUGCUUCCCUGAGCAAUGUUAUCCCAGUUACAGAAAGAAGAGAAACACUGAAAAGAAAGCAAGUGCCUUUUUUUUUUUAAAAUCAUUUAAUUGUAAACUGAACUCAGAAUUAAUCUGUUGAUGUAUUUAGAAUACAGCCUCCGUCUGUCCAUUGGUGUGCUGCUGCUGUUUCAGUAAUGUGCUACUGCAAAUGAUGUUCAGGUUGUUAAAUUCUUUCUGCCCAGAGAGAUUGCCCAUGUCCUUAAAGGGAAAGUGAUUAGAAGCACUGGAAAUGUGUUUUUCUGAGGCAUUAUAUAGUAUAAUUGCAAACAAAAAUCCCAGAAAGGUGUUGUCUGCCAUCAAAAGAUUAUUCUAAGCUGGGAGCAGAAAUGUCUUUUCUAAAAACACAGUAAUUACUUUCCAGGAAUAGUUUGGGGACUUUUGGAUAGGAGUAAUGUGUAUCAUACAUAAUUUUUAAGGUGUGGCCAAAUAAUUCCAACGUCACACCAGCCUUUGAGAAACCACUGUGGCUCAUACUUGGGCUCUUCCUACUCCCCCUGUAAAUGUAGUUGUAUAUGCAGUGCUCUGCACAUCACCUGCAUGCAAGACAGCCAGAGAAAAAGCGCUGGAUUCACCUGCAUAUGCCAAAAUCAUCCCUUGCGCAGAUGGGAAGAGAUGAACUUGGGGCAGUGGACUUCUCAGGUUUAAAUGUGCUACCUGAACUCUGCAAGCGUGCUUGUUUGUAAAGUCCCCUGGUACUUAGUUUGAAGAGGAAAAGAAUGACACAUUGGAGUUGGAGUUUUCUUUCCAGAUUUCAGAUGAAAUUUCAAAGAAAUAGAAAUCCAAACCAACUUCUUGUCUUUCAUACCUUGAAAGCAGGUAAAACAUGUAUUUCAUAUUCAUCCUUCAGAAAGCUAUUCUCCAAGGAAGUAUAUGAUUCAAAUUGUAAUAAGUAC